GCGCGCGCAAGGAAGCCCCGGGGCGCCGGAGAGCGGCCGAAACUUCAAAAGGUUUGCGCGUUGCCAUGGCUGCCGUCACUCACGGGAUUUCCAUGGCAACGGGGUGGAACCGGACGGGGGCGCUGGGGCGAGCUUGUUGGGGAACCGGGGCGGCUUCCCUGCUUGCAAACGGCGGGGUGACCCGGCGGGCCUUCGCUUCGGGAGCCGCGGCCAUGGCGGCCCUUAAGGUUGGAGACAAGCUGCCCAGCGUGGAGGUCUACGAAGGAGACCCUUCCAACAAAGUGAACCUGUCCAGCCUUUUCAAAGGGAAAAAGGGCAUUCUUUUUGGGGUGCCGGGUGCCUUCACCCCCGGUUGUUCCAAAACACAUCUACCCGGCUACGUGGAGAAAGCGGGACAACUAAAGGGCAAAGGAGUUGAGAUCAUCGCUUGCUUAUCAGUCAACGAUAUCUUUGUGAUGAACGAGUGGGGAAAAGCUCACCAUGCUGAAGGAAAGGUGCGUAUGCUGGCUGAUCCAACAGGGUCUUUUGGGAAGGCCACGAACCUUCUCCUUGACAAGGACUCCCUCCGGGAAUUGUUUGGAACGAACCGAUCCAAAAGGUUCUCUAUGGUGGUGGAGGACAGCAUGGUGAAGUCCCUCAACGUGGAAGAGGACGGGACGGGACUGACCUGCAGCCUGGCCAGCAACAUCGUCUCCCAGCUGUGAGGCCCAGAGAGGCCCAUUGCUGAUCUGGUGGGAACCCACCUUAUACCGCCACCAGUUGGUUCCUACAGGUCCUUGAAGUGUUUUGAAAUUGGCUCAGGAUGACGCACAAGAGAUGGGAGUUGUGUGUGUUUACGUAAUUAUGGAGUCCUGGGUUGCUCUGUGCUUGGUUUCCUUGCAGAUGUUUCAUUAACCAACUAGGUAACAUCAGCAGUGCUAGAAGGAGUGUGGGGUUUACUCUCUGUUUAUAUACUAGUCGCUUUCCUUGUAAAUGUUCUUGUUAGUUCCUUGAUUAGACUGUUUAUUGUUUAAUUGUCAAGAGUUGAUAGUGGCAAGCCCUUUUAUAUAAAGAGAGCAAACCCCCCCACACUCCCUUCUGGCACUGAUGAUGUUACCUAGUUGGGUUAUGAAAUGUCCACAAGAAAACCCACCAAGCUCAGAGAGCGCCAAAGGACUCCACAGUAUCAAGCCUGAGCUGGAAAUAUUCUCUUCUGUUGGCUUACGUAAUUCCUUUAGCUUCUUCCCUGUUCCUCUAACGGCAAAUAAAUCGUCUGAAAUAAAA